GGCCGACCCCCCCGCCCCCUCCCCGCCGCUCCCUCCCCGCCCCGCCGCGCCGCCGUCCUCGCCGCCUGCCUCUCCUUCCCCCAUUCUCCCGGAUUAAUUAAGGAGGCAGCGGCAGGAGGCUGAGUCCUGGCCGCGGGCCGGGGCCGGGGCGCCGCUGGCAGGAGCGCUUGGGGAUCCUCCAAGGCGACCAUGGCCUUGCUGGGCAAGCGCUGUGACAUCCCCGCCAACGGCUGUGGGCCCGACCGCUGGAGCUCCGCCUUCGCCCGCAAAGACGAGAUCAUCACCAGCCUCGUGUCUGCCUUAGAUUCCAUGUGCUCAGCACUCUCCAAGCUGAACGCGGAAGUGGCCUGUGUGGCCGUGCACGAUGAGAGCGCCUUCGUGGUGGGCACCGAGAAGGGGAGAAUGUUCCUGAACGCGCGGAAGGAGCUGCAGUCAGACUUCCUCAGGUUCUGCCGAGGGCCCCCAUGGAAGGAUCCGGAGGCAGAGCACCCCAAGAAGGUGCAGCGGGGCGAGGGUGGCGGCCGGAGCAUCCCACGGUCCUCCCUAGAGCACAGCUCGGACGUGUACCUUCUGCGGAAGAUGGUAGAGGAGGUGUUUGAUGUUCUUUAUAGCGAGGCCCUGGGAAGGGCCAGCGUGGUGCCGCUGCCCUACGAGAGGCUGCUCAGGGAGCCGGGGCUGCUGGCCGUGCAGGGGCUGCCCGAGGGCCUAGCCUUCCGGAGGCCGGCCGAGUACGACCCCAAGGCGCUCAUGGCCAUCCUGGAGCACAGCCACCGCAUCCGCUUCAAGCUCAAGAGGCCGCUCGAGGACGGCGGGCGGGACUCGAAGGCCCUGGUGGAGCUGAACGGCGUCUCCCUGAUCCCCAAGGGGUCACGGGACUGUGGCCUGCAUGGCCAGGCCCCCAAGGUGCCACCCCAGGACCUGCCCCCCAUGGCCACCUCCUCCUCUGUGGCCAGCUUCCUGUACAGCACCGCGCUGCCCAACCACGCCAUCCGAGAGCUCAAGCAGGAAGCGCCCGCCUGCCCCCUCGCCCCCGGCGACCUGGGCCUGGGCCGGCCUGUGCCAGAGCCCAAGGCCCCCGGUGCCCAAGACUUCGACUGUUGUGGACAGAAGCCCCCGGGACCUGGUGGGCCUCUCAUCCAGAACGUCCACGCCUCCAAGCGCAUCCUCUUCUCCAUCGUCCACGACAAGUCAGAGAAGUGGGACGCCUUCAUAAAGGAAACCGAGGACAUCAACACGCUGCGGGAGUGCGUGCAGAUCCUGUUUAACAGCAGAUAUGCGGAAGCCCUGGGCCUGGACCACAUGGUCCCGGUGCCCUACAGGAAGAUCGCCUGCGACCCAGAGGCCGUGGAAAUCGUGGGCAUACCAGACAAGAUCCCCUUCAAGCGCCCCUGCACUUAUGGGGUCCCCAAGCUGAAGCGGAUCCUGGAGGAACGGCACAGCAUCCACUUCGUCAUCAAGAGGAUGUUUGAUGAGCGAAUUUUCACAGGGAACAAGUUUACCAAAGACCCCACGAAGCUGGAGCCAGCCAGCCCGCCAGAUGACACCUCUGCGGAGGUCUCUCGGGCCACCAUCCUUGACCUGGCCGGGAAUGCGAGGUCAGACAAGGGCAGCGUGUCUGAAGACUGUGGGCCAGGAACCUCCGGGGAGCUGGGCGGGCUGAGGCCAAUCAAAAUCGAGCCAGAGGACCUGGACAUCAUUCAGGUCACCGUCCCAGACCCUUCGCCAACCUCUGAGGAGAUGACGGACUCGCUGCCCGGGCACCUGCCCUCCGAGGAUUCUGGUUAUGGGAUGGAGAUGCUGACUGACAAAGGCCCCAACGAGGACCUGCGGCCCGAGGAGAGGCCCGUGGAGGACAGCCACGGCGACGUGAUCCGGCCCCUGCGGAAGCAGGUGGAGCUGCUGUUCAACACCAGAUACGCCAAGGCCAUUGGCAUCUCGGAGCCCGUCAAGGUGCCCUACUCCAAGUUUCUGAUGCACCCAGAGGAGCUGUUUGUGGUGGGGCUGCCUGAAGGCAUCUCCCUCCGCAGGCCCAACUGCUUUGGGAUCGCCAAGCUGCGGAAGAUUCUGGAAGCCAGCAACAGCAUCCAGUUCGUCAUCAAGAGGCCUGAGCUACUCACCGAGGGAGUCAAAGAGCCCAUCGCGGACAGUCAAGAGAGGGAUUCCGGGGACCCUCUUGUGGACGAGAGCCUGAAGAGACAGGGCUUCCAAGGUAAGGUUGAGCUCAGAGUGAGGUCCGCUGUCCCAGUGACCCGUGGGCAGCUGAAUGUCCAAGUCCACUGUUCAGAAGAGACUUCUGGAUGGGACAUAACAACUAAGCCCCGGUCAGUGAAAAUGCUCCGUGAUAAAGGGGAAGCCUUGGGCAUCAAGUACCCGGUCCAGGUCCCCUACAAGAGGAUCAAGAGUAACCCCGGCUCCGUGAUCAUCGAGGGGCUGCCCCCCGGAAUCCCGUUCCGAAAGCCCUGCACCUUCGGCUCCCAGAACCUGGAGAGGAUCCUUGCCGUGGCUGACAAGAUCAAGUUCACGGUCACCAGGCCUUUCCAAGGACUCAUCCCAAAGCCUGAUGAAGAUGACGCCAACAGACUCGGGGAGAAGGUGAUCCUCCGGGAGCAGGUGAAGGAGCUCUUCAAUGAGAAAUACGGUGAGGCCCUGGGCCUGAACCGGCCUGUGCUGGUCCCUUACAAGCUGAUCCGGGACAGCCCAGACGCUGUUGAGGUCACGGGCCUGCCCGACGACAUCCCUUUCCGGAACCCCAACACGUAUGACAUCCACCGGCUGGAGAAGAUCCUGAAGGCCCGGGAGCAUGUCCGCAUGGUCAUCAUCAACCAGCUCCAACCUUUUGCAGAAAUCUGCAAUGAUGCCAAGGUGCCAGCCAAAGACAGCAGCAUUCCCAAGCGCAAGAGGAAGCGGGUCUCCGAAGGCAACUCCGUCUCCUCUUCCUCCUCGUCUUCCUCUUCCUCGUCCUCUAACCCAGAGUCUGUGGCAUCCACCAACCAGAUUUCGCUCGUGCAAUGGCCAAUGUACAUGGUGGACUAUGCCGGCCUGAACGUGCAGCUCCCGGGACCUCUUAAUUACUAGACCUCAGUACUGAAUCAGGACCUCACUCAGAAAGACUAAAGGAAAUGUAAUUUAUGUACAAAGUGUAUAUUCGGAUAUGUAUCGAUGCCUUUUAGUUUUUCCAAUGAUUUUUACACUAUAUUCCUGCCACCAAGGCCUUUUUAAAUAAGUAAAAAAA